UUAACUUGGCUCAACCUUCAACUUACCAAGAUCUGGCCAUACGUGAAUGAGGCUGCCUCUGAGCUGAUAAGGACUAAUGUCGAACCAGUCCUUGAACAAUAUAGGCCGGUCUUCUUGGCUUCUCUUAAAUUUUCCAAGUUGACUCUUGGAACUGUCGCUCCACAGUUUACAGGAGUUUCAAUUAUCGAAGAUGGAAGCGAGGGAAUCACAAUGGAGUUGGAGUUGAAGUGGGAUGCAAAUCCAAAUAUUGUACUAGAUAUCAAGACUAGACUUGGUGUGGGACUUCCGGUGCAGAUAAAAAAUAUUGAGUUCACAGGUGUCUUCAGGCUCAUGUUCAGACCACUUGUUGAGGAGUUUCCUUGUUUUGGAGCUGUUUGUUAUUCUUUGAGAGAUAAGAAAAAUUUGGAUUUGACACUUAAAAUUGUUGGGGGAGAGAUACCUGGUGUACGUGAAGCCAUUCUGGAGACAAUUGAAAAUGCUUUUGAAGAUACAUUACAUUGGCCAGCUCGAAAAAUUAUUCCCAUUUUACCUGGGGAUUACAGUGACUUAGAGUUGAAGCCUGUUGGAAUAUUAGAAGUGAAGCUUGUGCAAGCCAAAGAACUAACAAAUAAAGACAUCAUUGGAAAAUCCGAUCCUUUUGCAAAAGUCUACAUACGCCCAUUGCAAGACAGAAUACAAACCAGCAAAGUCAUUAACAAUGAAUUGAAUCCUAUUUGGAACGAACACUUUGAAUUUGUAGUUGAAGAUCCAUCUACUCAGCAAUUGUUUGUUAAAGUUUAUGAUGAUGAAGGGGUUCAGGCAUCUGAACUCAUUGGUUGUGCUCAAGUGCCGCUGAAGGAUCUUGAGCCUGGUAAAGUGAAGGAUUUGUGGUUGAAAUUGGUCAAAGAUUUGGAGGUCCAGAGAGACACUAAAUAUAGGGGUCAGGUGCAUGUGGAGCUUCUAUAUUGUCCUUUUGGCAUGGAAAAUGGCUUUGUUAAUCCUUUUGCCUCCAAUUACUCAAUGACCUCCUUAGAGAAGGUUCUUAAAGGUGGGGAUGGAACUGAGGUUGCUGAUGGUGGGACAGCAGCCACACGGAAGAAAAGGGAGAUGAUUGUGAGAGGAGUGCUUUCUGUGACGGUGAUAUCUGCCGAAGACUUGCCAAUCGUGGAUUUAAUGGGAAAGGCUGAUCCUUAUGUUGUACUCUACAUGAAGAAAACAGAAAACAAAAACAAAACUAGGGUUGUGAAUGACAGCCUCAAUCCAGUUUGGAAUCAAACAUUUGAUUUCGUUGUGGAGGAUGGUUUGCAUGAUAUGCUAAUUCUGGAAAUUUGGGACCAUGACACAUUUGGGAAGGAUUACAUGGGGAGAUGCAUUUUGACACUCACCAGGGUUAUACUAGAAGGGGAAUACAAGGACACCAUUCCUGUGGAUGGAACCAAAUCGGGAAAGCUGAGUUUACAUCUCAAGUGGAUGCCUCAACCAAUAUUCCGGGAUGCUUGAUGGAUGAAAAAGCUCAUACAGAUUUCUUUCACAUAGAAGAUCUUGCACCUUUUGACUUCCUGGCAUUUUUUCCUUCUUGAGCAAUGUUUAUAAGAAAUUCUCUUGAGCGCACAAUAUGUAUGAGAAAGUUUACUUGGGCAUUCACAUGUAAUAAAUCUAACUACAACCUUCAUGAUACUCCUUGAUAUUGAUCCGGUGGUAACAUCGUUUUGAAACUCUCAAGCUGAUAUUGUUAUACAUUAAGGAUGAGUCAACAACUUAGGAUCAGAGAAAGGGAAAAUUCGUACAAAGUUUGUUUAAUAGCACUUGGCUGGGGAGGAAACCUCUUGGAUUGGCAUCGGCCCCUUAUUAGUUGGUCGCCUUGUUCAGUUUUAUUCACCAUAGUUCUACUCUCUCAAAAUCUGUUUCUUGUCAACAAUAAUCCCAUCAGCUAACUUCAAGCGAGCUCAAUGCAACCUGCUUUACACAGCACAUUGAUCAUAUUAUCAUUAAAAGCUGUUUCUGGAAGAACAUCCAUUGGUGCUAGUUCAUCGGAUAUCUUGCAAGCCCACACAUCAUUGCCAGACAAGCUCCCUGUUGAGAGAGAGCUCUGAAAGAGCCCUCUUGUUAACAUCCUUGCCUUUUUUCGCUUUUUAGCAUUUAUUCAUUUUUAUAUAUAUGAGCUUGAUGAGUCCUUCAGUUGUGAAGUUUUCUUUCAAUGGUUGUAAUGGUUUUGUGUGGUUGGGAGAAUUCUUUGUAAACAGCGAGGUAAGAAGAAGAGAGAUGUAACCCUAUUCUUCAUUGUUAGUGAAGUUACUCUCAUCCUGUGGACGUAAACACAUUGCUGAACCAUGUAUAUCUGUGUUGUGGUUAUUUGAUUGUUCUUCCUUUGUUGCGUUGUCUUUUCCA